CUCGCUCUGUUCUUGGUCGCCGCACCCGUCGCCGCCGCGCCGCAGCGCCAUGGUGUCGUGGAGUGAUGGGUCGGAUAGCAGCGAGCACACCAGGCAGUACAUGAGCUCAGAUUCCGACGACGGCACCAUUAAGGUUCCUGCUAGCACCGAAGACUCAGAUUUCGAGGGCCCUGAGACAGAUAUGUAUGUUUUGUGCCAUGGACACGGGAAGGCAGCAGAAAGGCGCGUUGCUUUCGAAGGGAUUCACACUGGCAGGAGGUUUCUUUGUUGUGCAGAGAAGGAAGGUAAAAACUGUGGACUAGUAGAAUGGAUUGAUCCAUCUUGGCCCACUACCCUUGAGAAUGCACUGUCCAAGUUGUGGUCUAUGUAUGAACAGAGUAAGAUGGACAGAAAUGAGCAAUGUCUGAUGCAUUCAUUUACUGUUCAUGACCUGACACAAGAGAAGAAGAAACUCCAGGCCAGCUAUGAGAAGUUGGUUGAAGAUGUCAAUGCACUUAUGGAUGCCCAGGAGCAGAGGGCAGUGAUAGAAAGGAAAGAUGCUGAAACAACCAAGUUGCAGGAGAAGUAUGACACUUUGAAGAACAUAGCAGCUGCUCAAGGUACUGUCAUUAGGAACAUGAAGUUGAAGCUAGCUGAAGAGAAGAAGAAUUUGCAGAUCCACAUUGAUGAGCUCAAGAAGACAGUUGAAGAGAGCAAUGUGAAGCUGGAGGGGAUCAAGGCCAUCAUAAAUGGAUAAGCAGUGCAAGAUAAGAAUGGGCAAUAUCAUUUGGCAUUUGCUGACCUUUUGCAGGGUGUGGUUUGGCAUUUGUUGUAAUGAUAGUAGUUUAAAUUCUAUUAACUAUGAGUACUCCUGAACUAUGGAUAUGUAAUCUUAAGAAAGAUGUUUGCAUUUGAACUAGUGCUGAAUGUGGUGCUAUUUGAACUAGUGCUGAAUGUCAAACUAUGAUUAUGUAUGGAGUUGAACUAGUGCUGAAUUUGGUGGUAUUUAGAGCUGGUUAAUGUUAUCUUAA